UGCAGUACAUGUAUAACAUCAAGUUUAUUCUAAAAUACAGUGAAAUUACUAAAUUAGAAAGUCAUUCGAUAAUGACACUGCCGGAAAAUGAAAAGAAAUCCGAGAAGAAAGAAAAACCUUUAACAAAAGUCAUUAUACGUCGUUUGCCUCCAUCAAUGGAUCAAGAGACUUUUCUAAGCCAAGUCUCUCCAGUUCCUGAUUAUAAUUAUAUUUACACGGUAAAAGGAGAUUCAAGCUUGGGGGAAUAUGCAUUUUCCCGUGUUUAUAUCAACUUCGUAAACCCAGAUGACAUCUUUAGUUUCAAAGAACGUUUUGAUAAUUACGUAUUCUUGGACAACAAGGGCCAUGAGUAUCCAGCUGUUGUUGAAUUUGCCUCAUUUCAGAAGAUACCCAAAAAGCGAGGGAAGAUUAGAAUGGAUCCAAAAUGUGGGACCAUUGAAACGGAUCCUCUUUAUAUUGAAUUUGUGGAGUCUUUGAAUAAACCACAAGAACUUGAUGAAAAACCAGAAUACACUUUACAGUUAACGAACGAAAAUAAAGAUGACGUUACUACACCCCUGUUGGAAUAUAUAAAAAAUAAAAGGGCUCAGCGUAUGAGGAUUAGAGAGGUUAGAAGGGAAGAACGAAAACGUAGAGAAUUUGACAGGAAAAAGGAUAGAUAUGAUGACUGCAGGAGACUAAAUGAAGAAAAAUCACCCUUAAAAGCAUCUACUGUUAAAUCUCAACCAGUCAAGACCAGUGGUAUAAAGGAAGAAAAAGAUGAGGGUGAAACAAAUACAGAGAAUAAAGUAGAGGAGAAGAUUGAAAAAUCUGAAAAAGUUUAUGAAAAAUCUUCAUCUUUCUAUAAAAAUAAGGAAAGAAAGUAUGAAGAAAGAAGAAAAGAUAUAAAACCGAGGUUUCCAAGAAAGGAAUAUUCUGAAAAUCGAGACUACAAAAGGUCAGACGAUUAUAAGGAGAAAGAUUAUAGAUCAAAGUAUGAUGAUUACAAGAAAGAUUCCGACACAAGAUCUUUUACUAAAAAGGUUAAAAAGUACAGUGAGAAACGAGAAGAACGUAAAAUGGAGGUACAGAAAGCAGAACAGAAAAAAUUGGAUCAAGCUAAAGAAGUUAAACCUGAAAAAGAUGAAACGAAGUCAACAGAAAGUAAAAAUGUAGAAAUUACAGAUGCUUCAGCUAAAACAAAAUCAGAGGAAAAAGAGUCAAAAAAUAAAGAAAGUGACUCGCAAAAGAGAAUAAGAAAUAAGGAUAGACCAACCAUUGCCAUUUAUCGACCAGGAAUGUUAUCUAAAAGAAAGCAAAAUGAAGGUGAACCUGAAGUAAAAGAAGGAAAGGUUGAGGGAAAAAAUUAAAAUUUUUGUUAAAUAGAUUUAUUGUUUUCUCUUAGAAAUACAACAUAUAUUUGUCUACGGUU